AUGGAACGGCUACUCCGACGACGCAAGUGCUUGCGCUCGCAACUGGAUGGCAUCGUCCAAGAAGCGGAAGGCCUCCUACGAGAACAAGAGCUGUCAUCGUCACAGGUCAGCGUUUCAAUUGACCGAAUCAACGCGAUCUACGCACAGAUAACAAAGAUAGAUGAAAGCCUAAUAGACGAGACGCCUGACGAGCUGAUCGAGACAGAGAUGAUAGACGCGAGCAAUUAUGGGGACAAGAUUGUGACAUUGACGGCAAAGCUUCGCUUUGCGAUUCUGAACAACCAGGCGUCUCAAGCCUCGCGCCCGACGACGAGCCAAGCUUUGACGACGACGAGCCAAGCUUCCGUCAGUUUCAGGUCGAGACUGCCGCAACUAGAGCUCCAGAAAUUUGACGGCAACAGACAAAAAUGGCAUCGAUUUUGGAUGCAGUUCUCGACGGCAGUGCACAACAACGACGACCUCAGCGCUGCCGAGAAAUUCAACUAUUUGAGCACGCUUGUCACUGGAACUGCCGCUGCAGCCAUUUCCGGACUCCAGGCAACGGGGGAGUGCUAUGAAGACGCGAUAGAUAUCCUCAAGAAACGCUUCGGGGACGAGAGGAUUAUCGUUCAGGAACAUCUUCGAAGCCUCUUAGAUCUCAGGCCAGUCUUCUCGUCUUCUAGCACCACCGAACUUCGAGACCUCUACGACGAAGUACAAGUACAUGUGAGGAGUCUCAAAGCGCUUGGAACAAGCCCCAAUACAUACUGCUCCAUGCUACGGGAGAUUCUCUUGCGAGUCCUACCAUCCGACUUGGUGCUCAAGUAUCAUGAACUUCAGAAGCCGACGACAACUGCGGUAUCAACGAUGCAAGCGCAAAGGGACCCACAGGACAGGACGACAGAAAUCGAGAAAGAGCUGCAAGAUCUUCUGGAGUUCCUCGAACAUCAGCUUCAUUGCAGAGAGACUCUGGCGGCGUGUCCGUCUUCAAGACCUGAAAUCCCUCAACCAACUGGAGACAUGCCGCGACGAGCAAGGAAAAUCCCGCAGACUUAUUGA